AUGGAUAUCAAUGCUGACAAUGUGGUGGGAGAAGAAAUAGAGGACCUUACAGACAAUACCGGUGAUGGAAAACUAGUAUGGGAUGAUUCUCAUAUUGAAGCUUUCAUCAUCUGUAUGGAGGAAGAAGUUAAUGCUGGUAAUCGGAAUAACACAACUUUUAGUCCAAAUGGUUGGAAGAAUAUACGAAAAGGCAUGAUGGUCCGUACAGGCAAGAACUAUGUACCGAAACAACUUAAGAGCAAAUUCAACCACAUGAGGGUAGACUACAAAGCCUUUGUGAGUUUGUUAGGAGAAACAAGCGUGGGAUAUAAUGCUGAGAUGGACAUAGUUAUAAUUGAAAAUGAAAGAUGGACUAGAUUAAUCAAGUAUCAAAAGAAGCCAUGCAAUCAUUUUGACAAGCUCACCACCAUAUUUGGAGGCACACACGCUACAGGUGCACAUGUCCAUACUUCCUACAGUCCAUCCAUUCUCAACCAAGCCCCCGCACACCAUGAAGGCACAUAUACCUCAUUUGACCUUAAUGAUGAUUUUGCUGAGUUAGGCCGUCAUGAGUUCACUCCUUCUCCUGAACCUCGUGGUAAGAAACCAAAGAGAGAGAGUUUUGCCUCUACAAUGGAUUGUAUCAUGGAGAAAAUGAGUGACACUUAUAGAGAGAAAACAGAUCGAAUUGAAAGGGCCAUAGUUGCUUUUUCAUCAUCUAAUAUGAAAACAGUUCAUGAAGCUGGGCAAGUUGAAGUCAAUUCUCCGGACAAGACAAAAAGUGAUUUUAAAUUAUGUUGUUAUAUUUUGAAUAAGUUGGAGGGCGUUGAUAUGAAACAAUAUGCUAAGGUCACCCAGAUGUUACGUAAUGAUGAAGUUUGGAGGGAUUUCUUUCUUAAUGACCUUCCUGAUGAUAAGAGGAUGGAUAUUAGGACAAUAAUUGAUUUGUAUGAUGAUGGUGAUGAGGAGAAUGAUUAUGUUAUCAUAAUGGCAUGGGCAAUUGAUGGAACUCAUGUUCAUGCGAACGUACCUGUGGACCAGCAAAUACCAUUUCGUAGAAGGAAGGGGGAUACAACACAAAAUGUAAUGGCUAUUUGUGAUUUUGAUAUGAUGUUCACGUACGUCGUAGCAGGAUGGGAGGGGUCUGCUAAUAAUUCUAAGAUAUUGAACGAGACCAUUAAUAAUGAGGAUUUGCAUUUCCUAGUGCCUCCAGAAGUCAUGUAUAAGAUACAGGUUGACGGGCCACCUUGUGCAUGUGGAAGGGGUCGAAUGAAUCUUUAUACGGCUAGAACUUCUAAGAAUUAUGGACAUUCAUUCUAUAGAUGUCCAGCUUGGGAGUCAUAUGAUCGUGCAUUUAUAUGGUUGGAUGACAUGCACCAACGACUACAAGUGGGUGGUCAUGUACAGGAAGAGUUGGAGGAUGUAGUUGCUGUUAUGCAAGCUCAAGAAAAUCGGCAAAACUACAUUAUCUAUGGAUGUUGUUGUUGUAUUACUAUAACUAUAUUCUUGUUGUUUUUGCUCAUGUUGUUGUUGUUGAUUAUUGUGGUUGUUGAGAAAUGA